GAGACAUAAGUCAAUGAAAGACACGACGCAGAACAGCAACUGAAACAUUUAUGAGACCAGACGGAGUUGAAAGUAUAUUUUUCUACAGUACGGAUUGCAUUCAAAGAACUUUCUAUGUUGUAGAGUCACGAUGGAAUUUGCUUGUGGGUUUGUUUAUGUGCCACCAUCAUUGAGUCAGAAGGAGAGACGCUAUCCAAACAUCACUAAACGCUCAGUUUUACCAGCUCUUCUUCCACCUCCCCUGAAAACCAGAUCAGAGCCAUGUUCUUACGACCAGCCGCUCAUUUGCCCUCAAUCAAGUAUCAUCAACCAAGAACUUGCCUAUGAUGUCCCAAAAACUGAGCCGGAUUUAAAUGCACAACCCCAGGACCCGAACUACUGUAACAGUGUACCAGAAGGCACUGGUGUCAAGGUGAACCUGCCGGCUGAUCCUGGCAUUGUGUCAUCACAAGGCCGAGUCAUCCCUCCAAGACCUGAAUUCAUGAAUUUAGUCCCCGAGUACAUAAUGCCAAUACCUUCGUCCCACUCAUUUCCUUCAACCUCUCCAAACACUCCUAUAUCCCCUAGUGCUAAAGAAUCAGCAGAUCUGCCAGGAAAUCCUAACGUUGUCCUUGUAAGUUUAGGAAAAUUACUCUCAGAGGAAAAAGUUGACCCCAUACAGGGAGUACACAGCCUCUGCUCCCAAUGUGGCUCCGUGGUGGACACUUGCUAUGACAAUACGGUUGAUGAGUGUUAUUUCUGUAAAUCCUCCAGUUUUUCCAAUGUGCCCAGUUUACUGCAGAGUCCUCUAAAUGGUUACCAGGACGAACUCUUUUUACUCAAUCCUAAUGAAAAGCCUUUGUGCGAUACGGAUCCUCUGCUGCUCUUCUGCAUCGAUGUAUCAGGCUCAAUGAAAAUCACCUCCGAGGUGUCAGAGGGAGAGCAUACUGUGAAUAAAUCCCGUCUCCAGGUGAGUUCUGCUCUGCUUGCAAUUGCAAUGGCCUCCAGACAACCAGGCUCAAAGGUGAUUAUCUGUACAGACGGGAAAGCCAACACAGAGUUAGGAAAUCUAGAAGUGGAAGACACUGAUGCUCUUACUCCCGUCUCAUCCACCAUCUUCUACCAGGAGCUGGGAGAGUUUGCUGCUGAUAACGGCGUCACAGUGUCUGUGCUGUCCAUAGAGGGAACAGACUGUAGACUGGAUGAGCUGGGGAAACUUGCUGAUCGUACUAGAGGAAAGGUGGUAAUAGCCAGUCCCAGCAGGCUGCAUCCAGAGUUUGAGCAGAUCAUUCAAAACCGGACCAUUGCCACACACUGUACUGUAAUUAUACUGCUGCCAAAAUCAAUGUGCAUGAAGGGAGAGAAGGAGGCAGGACACAAAGGGACCAGAGAGGUGGGGAAUGUGGACCCAGAUACAGACAUCACCUUCCAGUUUAGAGCAAAUGAAAAGGUCUCAGAAGUGCCGCCACCAUCUCCUAAUAGCCGUGUAUCAAUCCAGCUGCAGAUCAAGUACAGGCUGAGGAAUGGGCGGACCAUGCUCAGACUGAUAACUGCAGACCGGGAAGUUACUGAUGACGGCUCGGCGGUGCUGUCCUCACUGUGUCUGGCCAUCAUUCAGCUCAACUCGUCACAAGCCAGCGCCGCUCUGGCUGUCAGAGGUCGCUUGCUCUACGCCAGGAGGGAAGGAGACACGCAGAAGCAGCUUAUUGAGAGAGCAAUAAAGCAUAACCACAGUGCAGAGGCAGAACAAACAUACAACGAAUGGGUUAAAACCAUGGAGCCGAUUUACACCAACUUCACACAGAAAAACACUGUCAGCUCAGACUCACAGUCUAUCACAGACGCUGCUGCAGCGCUGUUCUACACCAUGAAGCAGAGAAACAAGAAAUCUCUCUGAAUAAACACAAGCCCAGCCAACUGUCCUCCUUCCCCUUUUACCUCGUUGGAAAGCAACUCGAGUCUGAAUGUCAAGGCCAAAUGCUGCACUUAGACUUUGAUUAUUUGGCUGGAUGGA